GUCAGAUGCUUGUGUGCUUUUGAGCGUGUAUAAUCUUCACAGUCGUCACGCCUGGCUCGUCGUUCAAAGAAUGAAAAGAUGUACAGUAUGGACUCUAAUGAACUUGCUGUUCCUUACCAACAUAUCAUACUGUAUCGACCGGCUAAUCGAAGAACGGGACGGCGAGCUAAGUUCGUCAACGGAGCCACCGGACCGCAGUGCUACAGGAAAUGACUCUGCGACACAUGAAAUCAUUAACGCUCUAAACAAGGAAAAAUUGCACUGUAACCAGCUGAAGAAAGUGUUUCAGAAACUAUCCCUAAAGUUGUACAACAUCCUGCCCAAGAACUGGGUGUCCGAAACUGCUCGGAACAAUACGCAGCGAUAUUUGGAUGACUGCCUCAAACUGGAGUCUGGAAUGGAGCCAACAUCCAGACGGACACUUUUGGCCAAAAUGGUAUUAGCCGGAUUUGUUUAUCCAGGUACCAAAUGGUGCGGCUCUGGGAACCGCGCCUCAAAUUACGAUGAUCUAGGAGAAGCCAACACCACCGACGUCUGCUGCCGGGCACAUUAUAUGGUUAAUGACACAAUCAAGGCAUUUGGAAAAAAGAAUGGCAUUUGGAAUCCGAAGCUGCACCGAAUGCACAGCUGUGUUGACGACUAUAAUUUUUAUCAAUGUCUGCUCAACGAUAGAAGCGUUACAUCCGAAGAGUAUGGUCAGCUGUACUUCGACUAUCUUCAGCCGAAAUGCUUCGUAUACGCGCACCCACUGAAAUGUGAAAAAUGGGGAAGUUACAACUUCAUGAAAUUUCGGUGGGAUUGUUUGAAAUAUGCGUUAGACACUUCAAAGGAAAAAAAGUGGCAAACGUUUCCUCCUCCUCACUUCUUCCAAGAAUACAAGUGGAAGUGGAAUGCGACGCGGCCAGCUCGAGACGUUGGCGAUACAUGGAAGCUCGUCGAAUUUUACGACCCGGAUGCUAUUGCUGGAACGGACACUACGAAGCAUAGCCGAGAUAUCAAGAAAUCAUGAGCUGUUACAGCUUUGGAGUUGACACGACUGGAACACUUGAAAACAACAAGAUGCUCACGCAGCCAGGACAAGUAGAGGGUGUUUCACCUUUUUUUCACCAAGGAUUUUUUUUCUAAUUUUGUUAAGCUUCCACAAAGUAAUUGUCGAAAGUUCCACAAUUAUCCGGCGAGUACGUCGCCAGUUAUCGUAUUAGUUAUUAGUUAGUUAUUUGUUGUUUGUUAUUUUUGAUCACUCCAGGUGAAACAUCCUGUAUAUACAUACAGACAUACAUAACACCAUGUGCAUCCUUGAAAUUUUGCGUUCUAUUGCGUUGUGAUAUGGUGGAAUUCUAUGUAUGCUCAUCACGUUGUAGGGAGACUCUUUUACACAGGCAAAAAUCCUGUCCACAUUUCGGACAAUGACACAUGGUAAACAUCGUGCACACAAAAACAAAUCCUGAAACGGAAGCGUUCCGAAGACAAACCAAUUUCUUGUUCGUAUUAUAAGUGAAAAAUAAUUGUGAAUUGCGUAUUAGUAUAACGAAUAUAAAGGACAUUUUAUUAUUCUUUUAACAUUCUACAUUUCUUUUAAAAAAGGUAUGAGAGCAGCAUUUAUGAAGUUUUUGCAGAUGAGUUUUACGGCCAGGCGGACAUGUCAAUUCAUUCGCUAUCCCUCUCAUUAGGGUAUUUUUGUGAAAAUGAACAUAACAGAAUGGGAGUCAAUCCUCGUGCACAGUCACUCCAUUUUCACUAAUCCUGAAAUGCCCAAGUACGUUGAAAUAUUCAUAGCCGAAUUUUCCUAAGCAAAGGAGCUUAACCUGAAACCAGGCCUCCAUAGCUCCCCACCAUGGUGGCCCAAAACACACGGGUGGCAUCAAAUGUAUCUCUCCACAGACGAUUGCAUACCAGGGGAGAGCAACGCGCUCUUCACAUGUCCAGGUCCUACGUCAUUGCAAACGUCAGCCUACACACGACAACGGAAAUUGCUGCACCCAUCGUCACGUCCAAUCCGUUUGUAAACAUAAUAAGCAAGCAAGCAAAGUAAUUGCUGAUCGCUUUCUGUCUUGGGCACUGAGAAGCAUCCGCAAUUAAGUUCAUUAGUAAUUAUAUAUGUAGUAUAAGAGUUAGGUUUGCAAAUAUUACCUGACAGCGGGGCUGUCUCUUUGCAUAAAAUUACGAGACAUUAUAAAGCAAGGCGGAGCAAAAUAUUGACACAAUAACCCAUUAGUUGUUGCUUAUUUAAAAAUUUGUUUAUGGCAUUCGGAAAGUCAUUUUUCCAUUCUAGAAGUGCAGAACACAUACAGGGUGACUAUACAUGUAAAAGUGUGCUUUGUCUUCACUCCCCGCUCAAGCCGUGUUUCAGAUGGGGUGUCCCGGAAUCCUGCUCACGUUUCCCUUGGACAAUGUUUUAGAGUAACCAGUAGAAACUCAAGAAGAAAUUCAGCGCAAAUAGAAUGUCUUGAUGUAGUUCAUACACAGACGGAAUAUGCACAGACUAUACCAACCUGUAUUUUGGUAUUUUGGAAUAGACGAAACAAACUUAUAUCCGAAGAGUCUGUCACAUGGAACACAAUGUUGAAGUUAACAAUGCAAAUAAAAACUGGUACAAUCGCACAACCCUUACCUAUAGAAAGAAGUGUCCUGUGCUCAGUGUUGUACGUAUCGCCGUUACAAGAAACGCCGUCACAGUAAUCGAUACCUUUUCAGUAUCGGAGUGUGUAUCGGGAUACUUUCUUAAGUCGGUAUCGGAAAAUUAUUUCCGUUACAAAUUUAUGGUAACGCAUCGUUACCGAUACCGAUACUUUUUAGUCCCCCACCCUUUCUUCACCGACCAUAUUUCUUACUCUUAUUCAUUGUCAAUGGUCCGCCUAGCCCUCGACAAGAAGCUUGUCGACACGCCUACUUGCUCCGUAACCGGAAUUAUGAAAUUAUACCAAACACGUGUUCACCGUUUUUCUUUGAAACUGAAGGAAAUAACCACGUUGUGUUCAACAAAAG